GGUAUCAACCCCGCGGUCGGUGCUGGCUCAGUCUCUGCUGCUCGCCGCUGUCGCUCCGGGGCUGCGGGAUGACACCGCCUCCGCCUGGAUGCGCCGCCCUCGGCAUCCCGCGCGCCCGCGUACCCAGCCCGCCGGCUCGUUCUGGGCUCCUGCUGCGGCUGCUACUGCUGCUGCUCGGGGUGGCCGCCACCACCCAAGGCCACCCGAGGAACGGACCUCGUAUCUCCACUGUCUGGAAAGGUCGCACAGGAAAGGACCAGGUGGACUUUGGCUUGGCAGAGCCUCACACUGUGCUUUUCCAUGAGCCAGGCAGCGAUUUUGUCUGGGUGGGUGGACGUGGCAAGGUCUAUCUGUUCAGCUUCCCCGAAGGCCAGAACGCUUCUGUGCACACGGUGAAUAUUGGCUCCACGAAGGGGUCCUGCGUGGACAAGCGGGACUGUGAGAACUACAUCACGCUCCUGGAGAAGCAGGGCCAGGGCCUGCUGGUCUGCGGCACCAAUGCCCGGCGCCCCAGCUGCUGGACCCUGGUGAAUGGCACUGUGGAGUCGCUUGGUGAGAGGAGAGGCUAUGCCCCCUUCAGCCCGGAUGAGAACUCCCUGGUUCUGUUCGAUGGGGAAGAGGUGUACUCCACAAUCCGGAAGCAGGAGUACAACGGAAAGAUACCUCGUUUCCGCCGCAUCCAGGGUGAGAUCGAGCUGUACACCAGUGACACUGUCAUGCAGAACCCGCAGUUCAUUAAGGCCACCAUUGUGCGCCAGGACCGGAGCUACGAUGACAAGAUCUACUACUUCUUCCGGGAGGACAAUCCCGACAAGAAUCCUGAGGCGCCUCUCAACGUGUCCCGCGUGGCCCAGCUGUGCAGGGGGGACCAGGGCGGUGAGAGUUCGCUGUCCGUCUCCAAGUGGAACACCUUCCUGAAGGCCAUGCUGGUGUGCAGUGACCCCACCACCAACAGGAACUUCAACAGGCUGCAGGACGUCUUCCUGCUCCCCGACCCCAGUGGCCAGUGGAGGGACACGAGGGUCUAUGGCGUUUUCUCCAACCCCUGGAACUACUCAGCUGUCUGUGUGUAUUCCCUCGGCGACAUUGACAAGGUCUUCCGUACUUCUUCGCUCAAGGGCUACCACACAGGCCUUCCCACCCCUCGGCCUGGCAAGUGCCUCCCAGACCGGCAGCCGAUACCCACGGAGACCUUCCAGGUGGCCGACAGUCACCCUGAGGUGGCGCAGAGGGUGGAGCCCACAGGACCUCAGAAGACACCGCUAUUUCACUCUAAAUCCCACUACCAGAAAGUAGUUGUCCAUCGCAUGAACUCCAGCCACGGGGAGACUUUCCACGUGCUUUACCUAACCACAGACAGGGGCACCAUCCACAAGGUGGUAGAGUCAAGGGAGGUGGAACACAGCCUCGUUUUCAACAUCAUAGAGAUCCAACCCUUCCGCCGUGCGGCCACCAUCCAAGCCAUGUCACUGGACGCUGAGCGGCGGAAACUGUAUGUGAGCUCCCAGUGGGAGGUGAGCCAGGUGCCCCUGGACCUGUGUGACGUCUAUGUGGGGGGCUGCCAUGGCUGCCUCAUGGCCCGAGACCCCUACUGUGGCUGGGACCAGGGCCACUGUGUUUCCAUCUACAGCUCCCCGAGGCAAGUGCUGCAGUCCAUUCGCCCAACCGAGCCACACACACAGUGCCCCAGCCCAAAGCCAGAGGAGGCCCCUGUGCAGAAGGUCUCCCUGGCCCGGAACUCUCGCUACUACCUGAGCUGCCCCAUGGAGUCCCGCCACGCCACCUACUGGUGGCGCCACGGGCAGAAGGUGGAGCAGAGGUGCGAGCCCGGCCACCAGAGCCCCAACUGCAUCCUGUUCAUCGAGAACCUCACGGACGGCCACUACGGCCACUAUUACUGCGAGGCCCAGGAGGGCUCCUACCUCCGCAAGGCUCAGCACUGGCAGCUGCUGUCCGAGGCCGAGGCCAAGGCCGAGCUCCUGCUGGGCCACGCCCACGCCCACGCGGCCUCCCUCUGGCUGGGGGUCCUGCCCACACUCACUCUGGGCCUGCUGGUCCAUUAGGGCCCCCGGGACUGGGGAAGUCCCCCGCAGAGCCGCCGGCCCGGGACUUCUAUGCCUGCCGCUGCCCCCAGGGGGCCUGCACAGCCCCGUGGGGGACACCAGGCCCGGAGGUGGGCAGGAGCAGGCAGCUUUUGGGCCCGGGAGGGGCGAGGGCAGCGGAGGCUGGAGAAUGAAGGCGUCGACUGUGAAACGGGCAUCAGUGACCCAAGACUUUACCGUCUGUAGACUUAUUUUUCAAAAAUCCCUCCUCAAACUUGACUAAGUGCAGUAAUGCUCCCGGCCCAAGAGGCUGUGGGCCUGAGGAGGGUGGGAAAGGAGGGCUGGCUCCGUCUCCCGACCCUCAGGCUCAGGUCUGAGUCUUUUCUGGGUUCUCUGUAUCCAAACUGCCCCUCAGCCGCCCUCC